AUGAAUAUUACAUAACUAGAACUCUUUAAUCAAGCAUGCCAUUAAUAUAAGGGUAUGGUGAUUUCUUCUGAUUUCAUACAGGCAGCUCUUCUUAGUAAAUAUCAAAUAACUCCUGCAGAAUUCUUAAGACCCUUUCUACCAAGAAAAAUACAAAGAUUGAAAUUGGGUUUGAGAGAGAAAGAAAAAGAGCUAAACAUAAAAUUGUUAGACUUGAGAGAAUAUGACUAGAUUGGAAAUGUCAAGUUGGACAAACAUUCACGUCUUUUGUUGGAGGAUGCCCAAGUUGUGGAUCAAGUUUAAAUCUCAAGAAAUUGUAGCAAACAAACAUUAGAUCAAAUAUGCGAAUAAAAUAAGAUGGCUGGGUUCUAGUAAUUGUAAUAAGUAGUGGGGGAUUGUUUAGGAUUCUAAUAUCAUUAUAAUUUCCUAGAUCACCCAAUUGUAUUAUUUUAUGUGGUUAGUGGGUAAGAGAAAAAUUUAAUAUAAGAGAUCAACAAAAUAAGAAGUGAAUCAAAUAGUUUGAUUAAAAUGAUUUUUAAGAAUAACAUAAGUGAUUUUGAUAUGGUGAGUAAAGUAAUCAUAAUAUUGAAUGAUGCCUAAGAGGCAGUGCAAAGUGAAUCUCUGGAUUAGAAUAAAGAUUUAAGUAAACUUCGGUCUUACACUCUCAAAUAUAAUUUGCCUAAUCCUAUUGAGCAGACUCACUGGUCUAGAUUUGCAUAUCAGAGAUAUAAUUAUGAUGGAGAAGUGCCUAAACAUCCAUUAGGAAUUUUGGAUGAAUAAUGGACUAAAAUAUAUAGACAAGUUCUUGAGGAAGUCAUAUUAUAACAAGCAGUGAUUAUGUUGGAGAGACAAAUCAAUAUAUAGACACAACAAUAUUAAGAAAUGAAAUAGAAAACAUUCGAUACAUUUUUGACAAGCAUAUUCACCACAAGAACAGGUUAACCAACUGAAACUGAGUAUAAGAUGAGUCAAAAAGAAUAACUUUUGAGAUUCUUGGGUGACAAUCAUUAUUUAAUGAAUGAUUAUGAAAGUGCUGCCAUCUAUUAUAAAGGACUUAUAAACGAACUUAAAAAUAAUAAGACCAAUACUACUAUUGCUACUUUAAAUGCAACUGAAUAUUAUUUGUAUUCUCGAUUAUUGUCAUAAUAGAAAAUAGAUAAUUUGAAGAACAUUUUCGAUGAAAUCUAGAUGGGCUAUCAUAAGAUUGUUCAUUUCCCAUACAUGUUAAGAAUCAUGUACUUUUAUAUUAUUACAACUCACAUGUUUGGAAAAUACAACAAGGAGUAAAUCUAUUUCCUUUAAAGAUUUCAUCGUUACUUUAAGGAUUUAGGAAGCACUACAAAAAAAGAUUAUUUUGUUGUGUAUCAGAUAUUAGUCUAUGAAUAAAUUGCAUUUAUACAUUUGAGAUUAGAUCCACCUGAAUUCAGAAAAUUUGCUCACAAUUUAACUUUAGUAGCUAAUAAAUAUGAAUCUGAGAAUUUCAAGAAGCAUGCAUUGAGAUGUUUCAAAAUAGUUGAAUAAUUGUAUUAAUAGUCUAAGUGGGUUCCAUUAUUGUUCUGGUUGGAAGGCCAUAUUGGAGCUAAUUGUUUGGAGAAUCAGAGAAUUCAAGAAGCCAUUGAUUCAUUUAAAUUGGCAUUUAAUCAAAUAAAUGAAAGAUAGAGUUAAGAAUAGCAUAAUCAAUUAGUUGUAGACUGGAAAAAAGCAUAUACAUCAAUUGAGCAACUUUAAGAUCACAGAAAAAAAUACUUUACACAGUCCAAUACUGCUCUCAAGAUACCAAUUAUUAAAGGACCUGUAGAUAUGUUAACACAUGGCUAAGAUGUACUUGAUUCAAUAGUUCUUAAAAAUAUCAAAUAGAAAUUUAAGAAUUUAUGGAAUACAGUUUCUAAAAAUGAAUCAUUUUAUGAAGAUGCAUCAAUUAGAAGUUUUGAUUCCCUCUAUUUGGAAGAAAGAAUAGCAUGUUUCAAUAAAACACCUUGUAUUUUAAACAUUGACAAGAUCUCAGACUUAGUUGACAAAAUUAACAAGUUUGGAAGACAAUGUUUUGCUGAAGACACUAUAACAUUAAGAUUUUUCAUAAAUUUACCUCUUAAAGUGCCCAGUUACAUUAAUGGCCUAUAAGUUAUGUAUUAAUUUUAUACACUCAAAGAGAACCUAUUAGAAAUAGAUACUAAUAAUGAAAAAGAAUAUGUACUCACAAAAAUAAAUACUUUAGAAAUAAAGGACAUUCCUUUUUAAGGAGCCAUUCAAGAAUACUUAGAAGUUUCCAUAACUCCCCCUUAAGCAGGAUAUUUGAUAAUAACAGGUUUGCAAUGGAAUUUCAUUAAUAUUCCUGCCUAAUUAUAAAUAAAUUAUGAUGCUAAAGAUUAAUCAAAAAAGAAGAGUGUCAAUUUUUACAAUAAGUUUAGAGUGUUUCCUAAAUUUAUACCAAUUAAUAUUGAGUAUUACACAAAACCAGUAAUAGCCUAUGGUGAAAUACGACCAAUUCUAUUCAAAUUCACAAAUAAGAAUCCUGAAGAAAUUGUUAUUCACAUAACUCCGAUAAUACCAUAUCAUUUUGGUUUUGAAGUGAAAAAGAUUGUUUUAAGUGCCUUUUAAGUUUUGGAAUAUCAGUUUUAUUUGAGAUGCAGUUUUUAAGAGGAAUUUGUUGGUUAAUUAUUAUUUAAGUAUUAAUAAGGAUAAAGUGGUGGAAUUAGAAUUUAGAAAUUGGAAAUUCCAAUGAAAGUGGAGCCUAGUUUCAAGAUAUCACUUUAAACAGAUUUGAUUGUCGACUAUUGGAAAUUCACAUUGUAAGUUCAGGAUUACUUUGGAGGUAAAGGCAAAUUGAGAUUCGAUAGAAUCCUUUGUUUGAAUGAGAAUUGGUAAUACUUUGAUGUUCCAUAUCAAUCAAGUGGAGAUCCCUUUCUUUUGACGACAUUUAAAAUGAAGAAGAUUUAGACAAAAGAUUAUAGAUAUGAAGAAUAUCAAAAUAGACUAAAAGAGAGGUUUUAUAGGGAUGGUGAUAACUUUAAUGAGAUAGUUUUGGGUGAUUAAGACAUCCCAGCAGGCGUUGCAGUGGACUUUGUGAAUUUGGAUAUAUAGCAUUACUUCAAUGUUUUCUAUCAGAAAUUGUCUGAUUAAAGAAGAGAGGAAUUCCCUCUAUUUAUUAUAGCAAGAUGGACAUAUAGAAAUGAAGAUGAAAUAGUGUAUGGAUUGCAUGAAUUACCAGUUUUGCAAUAAAACUAUUUGCAUAGGGAUGUGAAAGAAUUCCCAAUGACUUUUUCGAUCUCAGCUCCGUAUGAAAUAGAGCACCAAAGUAUGAUUACGAUGGUUCCAAUUAAGAUAAGUUUCAAAAACACUAAAUAUUUAGAACCAAUUACUUUUACUGUGACAUUGUUUAAUGGGGAUGAACCUUUGAAGUCUGUCAAUGACAUUUAGUAACCAUUCUUUUUGUGGGAAGGCACCUUGCAACACAAAAUCACAUUGAAGCCAUAAGAGAUGAAAGUUCUGAGUUUAGAAGGUGUGUUUACAGAGAAAGGAGUGUAUGAUUUAAGCAGAUUUAGAUUGACAAUGCACAAUAAAUAGUAAAACGAGUAUUACUCGAUUGAUCAUGAAACAGUUAUAAUAAAAAUUAUAUGA